GUACAGGACGAGUUGCACCUCAGCUUCGUUGAGGUCUGGACAGGAUCCAAGAAGGCCAAGGGCACGACGCCCUGUGAGUCGUUGAAUGCACGAUUUCAGCGCGUGUGCCGGAAGAUCAUCCUGGCGAAUCGGGCCUUUGGUGGCUUGCAAGCAGAAGCGAAGGCGCUGCGGCAGUCUUAUCGCCGCGCUUCAAGGGACUUCGCCCACUUCUCAGACACGGCGGCCCGGGAGUUUCAUGUGGAG